UUGCUGAUAUUCUGUUCAUCUGUAAAAACCGAAUACAAUUUAAUCCAUAUUUGCUGGCAUUUAUGGCUUGUUAUUUGUGACGCUAUGGCUAUAUUAAUUUUUCUCUUUGUUUUGCUGUUUUCUGGAACAAGUUUAUGUCAAGAUAAAACAUAUGUCCUUACAGCACCAAAGAUCUUCCGAAUUGGAGCAUCUGAAAAAGUUGUAGUUCAAGCUUUUGGUUAUGAGAAGGAAUUUUCGGUCAACAUUGCUUUAAAAAGUUUUCCAGAUAAGCUUGUCACUUAUUCUUCUGGCUAUGCGUCUUUAACRCCAGCCAAAAAAUUCCAGGAUGCUGUAACAUUAACGCUUCAACCAGCAGAUUUACCAAGAAUAGCAAAUACAGUCCAAUAUAUAUAUUUGGAAGCGGUUUCUCCACAUUUUACAAGGUUAAAAAAAAUUGCAGUUUCCUAUGAGAAUGGAUUUCUCUUUAUUCAGACAGACAAACCUAUUUAUACUCCUGAUCAGUCAGUGAAAGUCAGAGUUUAUUCUUUGAACGAAGAACUGCAGCCAGCUCGGCGAGAAACUGUCCUAACUUUUGUGGAUCCUGAUGGAGUAAAAGUGGAUAUUACAGAAGAAGAUGACUUUACUGGAAUAGUUUCUUUUCCUGACUUCAAGAUUCCUUCUAAUCCUAAGUAUGGAAUUUGGAAGAUUGAAGCCAAGUACAAGAAGAAUUUCAUAACCUCAGCUGUUGCAAAAUUUGAAGUAAAGGAAUAUGCAAUGCCAAGCUUUUCUAUUAUCAUACAGCCAGAACACAGCUUUAUUAGCUCUGACAAAUUUGAGAACUUCAGGAUUACUGUGAGAGCUAGCUAUUUUUAUAAUAAAAAGGUUCCAAGUGCAGAUGUUUUCCUUCGUUUUGGAAUAAUUGAAGAAACUGGGAAAAAAAUGAUGCCUCAUGCUUUGCAUGUAACUAAGAUCAUAAAUGGAGUUGCUGAAAUCGAUUUUAACAGCAAAAAAGCAGUUGGUUUUAUAGGAUAUCAAAGCCUAGAAGAAUUGGAUGGGUUGCGCCUGUAUAUUGCAGCAUCAGUGCUAGAAUCUUCAGGUGGCCUCAGUGGUGAAGCAGAGUUUGAUGGAGUCAUAUAUGCUGUCUCUCCUUACAAACUGAACUUGAUUGCCACUCCUCUCUUCGUGAAGCCUGGACUUCCAUUCUUCAUUAAGGUGCAGGUGAAAGACACUGUAGAUAACUUCGUUGGAAACCUCCCCGUAAUUGUCACCGCAAAAUCACUGAGCGAGCAAAUGGAUGAGACUGAGCUGAUACCUGAGGGCUCAGAGGCUGGUAGAAGAAAAACAAGUGUGAAUGAUGGAACUGCUCUAUUUGUUGUUAAUAUCCCAUCUAAUAACAAAAUACUAGAAUUUAAAGUUAGAACUGCAGAUCCAAGUCUUUCAGAUGAAAACCAAGCAACUAAAACAUAUGAAGCAAAAGCUUAUUCAUCAUUAAGUCAGAGUUACCUUUAUAUUGACUGGGCUUCAAAUCACAAAAUCGUGCAAGUAGGCGAUUUCAUAAAUAUUAAUGUAUACCCACGCAGUCACUAUAUUCAUAAAAUACAUCACUACAGCUAUUUGUUAAUGUCAAAAGGGAAGAUCAUUAGUUUUGGAACUCAAGAAAGAAAUAAGGAUUUGGAUUAUGAGCAUCUACAUUUUCAGAUAACCCAAGAAAUGGUUCCUUCAGCCCGUCUUAUUGUUUACUAUAUUGUCAUGGGAGAAGAAACUGCUGAGUUAGUAGCUGAUUCAGUUUGGCUGAAUGUGGAACAGAAGUGUGGGAAUAGUCUUGAGAUUAAGCUGUGGUCAAGCAAACAGACACUGAAGCCAGGGGAAAUCACAUCACUUAACAUGAAAACAGAGUUCAAUUCCUUUGUUGCUUUGUCAUCUAUUGACAAAGCAGUGUAUGGAGUCACAGGAAGAGGAAAGAGAGCUGUGGAAAAAAUGAUGCUACGUUUGGAAAAGAGUGACCUUGGCUGUGGUGCUGGAGGAGGACAGAACAACGUUGCCGUAUUUCGAAUGGCUGGGCUUACAUUUUUAACUAAUGCAAAUGCUGAUGAUUCAAAUGAAGCAGAUGAAACUUGCAGUGAAACUUUAAGAACCAAAAGAUCUGAUUUCAAGGAACAGAUACUCCAGAAAGUAUCCAAUUAUAGUAGGGAAAUUCAGAAGUGUUGUAUGGCUGGAGUAAAAGCAUAUCCAGUCAGUGAGACUUGCAGUGAUAGAGCUCGACGAAUUCGGAGUGGUGAAAAGUGCAUUUCAGCAUUCAGAGAGUGCUGCGAAUUUGCCAACAGACUGCGGCAGGCAGAGCCUAAUAAGCUCCUGAUACUGGCAAGAAUGCAUUUUGAGUCUGCAUUGGAAUUGGAUGAAGUAAAUGUCCGAAGUUAUUUCCCUGAAAGCUGGUUAUGGGAAGUUCAUCAAGUUUAUUCAAGGUCAAAGACUCUCUCUAUUACUCUACCUGAUUCACUGACUACCUGGGAAAUACAAGGUGUUGGCAUAUCCAAUAAAGGUAUAUGUGUUGCUGAGCCCCUGGAAGUGCGGGUUUUAAAGGAUAUCUUCUUGAGUGUUUAUAUUCCUUAUUCUGUGGUGCGAGGAGAACAAAUUGAGCUAAAAGGAUCAGUUUAUAACUAUGGAGAUUCUGUAAUUAAGUUCUGUGUUAAAAUAGCAGCUGACGAUGGAAUCUGUUCUUUUGGAGAUGCUGCAACUACUGGAAUGGGGACACGUGGUUGUGACUUCAAGUAUCUAAAUGGGGGUUCAUUGUUACCAAUUAAAUUCAAAAUACUUCCUUUGGAAUUAGGUCUUCAUACCAUCAACUUCACACUGCUGGCUGGCCAGCAUAGUGAAACUUUAGUGAAAACCUUACGUGUAAUGCCAGAAGGCAUUAAGAGAGAACUUCAUGCAGGUUUUACUUUGGACCCAAAUGGUGUUUAUGGUUUAAUCAAGAGACGACAAGAAUUUCGCUAUAAAAUUCCAUUAAAUCUGGUGCCUAAAACAAAAAUUGAUAGAAGUGUCAGCGUAAAAGGGCAUCUUAUGGGUGAAGUGAUUGCCACAGUCCUCAGUCCUGAUGGUAUCAGUGCUCUUACUAACCUACCGAAGGGCAGCGCAGAGGCAGAGCUUAUGAGUAUUGUCCCGGUAUUUUAUGUUUUUCACUACCUGGAACAAUCAAAUAAUUGGCAUUUGCUGGGUCCUAAAACCUUAUCUUCAAGAACUGAAAUGAGAAGAAAGAUGAAGGAAGGRAUUGUAAGCAUCUUGUCAUUCAGAAAAUCUGACUUCUCAUUUAGCAUGUGGAAGAAUAGACAAGCUAGCACAUGGUUGACAGCUUUUGCUUUAAGGAUUUUGGGACAAAUUAAUCAAUAUAUAAGUCUUGAUUACAUUUCUGUUUGUAAUUCGCUUCUGUGGCUGAUUGAUAACUGUCAAAUGCCAGAUGGGUCAUUCAAUGAAUUUUCAAGUUAYCAACCAGUGAAACUACAGGGUACAUUACCUACAGAAGCYAAAGAAAAAUCUUUAUAUCUCACAGCAUUUUCUCUUAUUGGAAUUGAGAAGACAAUUAAAAUAUGUCCUACUCAGAGAAUCCAUGAUGCUAGAAACAGAGCAGGAGAUUAUUUGUUGAAAAAUGUGCAAUCUGCCGAGAGCCCCUUUACAAUGGCAAUAAGUGCGUACGCUUUAGCUCUUGUGGACUUGAGCCAUCACUCGGCACAGGCAGCGUUCUCUGCACUGAAGAAGGAAGCAUUUGUCAUAGGGGACCCACCGAUUUAUCGGUUUUGGAAAGAUACUUUCAAAGCAUUAGACCGCGACACUCCGCACGCAGUUACUGCCCAAAUGGUUGAAACUACUGCGUAUGCUGCCCUUACUGCUCUGCUGAGAGGGGACAAGAACUACGCCAAUCCCAUUAUCAAAUGGUUGUCUGAAGAACAAAGGUACGGCGGAGGAUUCUAUUCAACUCAGGAUACAAUUAAUGCACUUGAGGCCUUGACUGAAUAUUCGCUGCUUGUCAAACGACUUAGUUUGGACAUGAACGUUAAGAUUGCAUACAAAAACAAUGGAGAUCUCAACGUGAUUAAACUGACAGAAGACAAUUUCGUGGGAAAAACUGUGACAGCACCUUUGGAUGAUGACAUAUAUGUAAGCACUGGCAGUAGCACUGGCUUAGCUACAGUAAAUGUGAGGACAGUGUAUAAUAUAAUUGGUACUUCGGAAGAAACAUGUAAUUUUGAACUGAAGAUUGUUCCAAAAAGUGAUAAUGGUUACAGAAGAGAAGCCAGUGAGCCCCUUGGGCGCUUAGAGGCUUGUGCAAAGUACAAGCCCAGUGCGAGAGAGCCACAGUCAGGGUCUGCACAUGCUGUGAUGGAUAUAGGUUUAGUUAGUGGACUGGAUGCCAAUACAGAAGACCUGUCUACUCUUGCAAGUGGAGUUGAUCAACUGAUAGCAGAUUAUGAGGUUAAAGAUGGGCAUGUUGUUCUGCAGAUAGACUCUGUGCCAGCUAAUAAUUUCCUCUGUGUUGAAUUCAGAAUAAGUGAGCUUUUCCAUGUUGGAAUGAUAAAUCCUGCCACAUUCACUGUCUAUGAAUAUCAUGCACCGGAUAAACAGUGCACUAUGUUAUACAACCCAUAUGGAGAUGAAAAACUUGUGAGAUUAUGUGAAGGAAAUGAAUGUAAAUGCAUGGAAGCGGAGUGUAGUCAGAUGCAAGAGAGACUAGAUGAGUCGAUAACUGCUGAUACACGGCGAGAAGCUGCAUGUCAGAAUGACAUUGCGUAUGUUUAUAAAGUGGACAUCUUAUCUCGCACUGAAGAAGGUUCUUUUGUUAAGUAUUCUGCAACUGUUCUAGAUAUAUAUAAAAGAGGAAUGGCUUUUGCUCAAAAAAAUAAUGAAAUAACAUUUGUUAAAAAGAAGACAUGUGCUGAUGUUGAGCUGAGCCCUGGAAUGCAGUAUUUGAUCAUGGGAAAAGAAGCCUUAAAGAUAAACAUUGGUUAUAAUUUCAAAUUCCAGUACCCUUUGGACUCCAGCACUUGGAUUGAAUGGUGGCCUUCAGAUAUAGUCUGUACAWCUUGUCAGGAGUUUUUAAAUACAAUGGAAGGUUUUGCUGAAGAUCUCAUCAUCAAUGGCUGUUGAUUUACUUAAGGAUUUUUUUUAAAAUAAGAAGUAUAGAUCUAAUCUCAUUUGGUGGGGGAAGUCAGCUCUUUGCUAAUUCCUUGUAGAAUUUUACAAUUAUGUGUGGCUCAUCUUGGAAAAUGUUCUUUUCUUGUAUUUUUAGUCACUUUUUUAUAAAAGUGUUCAAAUUAUGAUUUUUUUUAAGCUUGCAUGGGAGAAUAAUGCAGAACACUGCUAAGAUAUUUGAAUUCAGAUGAUUUGAAAUUAAAUGACUGUAAAAACGAACAUGGGCAGUAAUGUAUUGUGCCAGAGUAACACUUAAAAAUAUUGAAAUCCUAUGUAUUAUAAAAACAGAACUCUUUGAGGGGGAAAAAAAAUUAAAUUGUUUAUUGAAUAACUUAAACUAGUAAUAUGUUUCUUACAGCUCAUGUUUAAAAAAUACCAUGUUUGAGUUGUUAGUGCUGUAGUCUAAUUGAAAAUAAUUGUAAUAAUUGCAAAAUAAAUAAGAAUAAUAUAUCUUAAAUCACAACAAUAUCCAGAACUCGUGUACUAUCAUGUUUUCUUCAUAAUCUUAGUAGAAUGGACUUGAUGCUAAUCUAAAGAAUGCCCAAAUAUUCUGUGACAUUAAAUUUUGUGUAAAAGUUUCCAUUCCAUAAAGA